GCGGAAGUGGGAAAUGUUGUCUUCCUGUCCGUCCGUCCCUCCUCAUCCUCGCUCUGAUACAACAGCUACGCCGACCGGGGCUCGCAGGAGGACUCGCAUCUGCCGCAACUUUUCACCGUGGUCCGACUUCAACUUUCGGUGCUCCAGAAGCUGCCACGGUCUGACCACACUUACCAAUCAUCCUCCUCCUCGGGACAACAAUGGAUCACAGUAGAGCCAGUGAGGGGCCCGGGUCAAGCAGAAGAGCCACCAUUCCCUCAGCCAGCGCAGCAGUGGGUGCCAAGGGGCAGGUAGCACAGAGUGGUCAGAGGCCCAAAGCUAAGAUAACUCCCUUCCACAGCUCACCCAUAGUGAGCAGUAAUGGAGCGACUGGCAAAACGCUGGCAUCUUCUAGUAGCUCAUUCCUUGGUACAUCUGGACGUGUGACUUCCCCACAUGUCAAGGAGAGACCUGCUGCUGUUGCUGCUUCGUCUGUUUCUUCUGCUGCUACUGCGGUUGCUGGGAGCUCACAGGAACAAACUCCGAGUUCAGCCUCUGCACAGGCUACAGCAGCAGUUACGGCAAGUUCUCUUGUUGUCAAGCCUGCAAGCAGGAAAGCACCUCCAGUCAUCAGUCACAAAGGCAAACAGAAGAAAGCUGCCGCCACUAAACCUCCGCCAGCUGUGAAGAGGAAGAAGAGGAAGAUGGGAAUGUACAACCUGGUCCCAAAGAAGAAGACCAAGACCCUGAAACAGCAGGAAAAGACCGAGGAACCUGGAGCCGCUGUGGAGAAGAACCGAGCGACACCAGAUGAAAAAGCAGCAGUUGCACCAGAGGCUGCGACGGUCAGCGAGCCGGUGGCCGUCGCAAAGGAAUCUGUGGUGGCAGCAGAAGUGAAAGCAGAAGGCAGCCAUAUCGAAUACACAGAGCUGGCUUUGGACUGUCUUGACCUGAAAGCUCAGGAAAAGCUGCUCUUACCUCCUCCAUCAGACGCGGGAGUGGAUUGCGACGCGACCCAAACAAACCCGGCGGAGGAGUUACCGCUGUGCUGCUGUCGCAUGGAGACUCCUCACUGUGGAGGCAGCCUGCCCGCUCCGGACCACACCUGCAUGGCCAUGGAGAGCAUGGAUGGAAUGCUGAGUCGCUGCCAGAAGCGAGUGAUGAAGCAGGAAAUGAUGCGGCCCUCCAACACGGUCCAUCUGCUGGUUCUGUGUGAGGACCACCGGGCCGGCAUGGUCAAGCACCAGUGCUGCCCCGGCUGUGGGCUGUUCUGCAGGGCGGGCACCUUCAUGGAGUGCAGGCCGUACGGCAGCAUCUCGCACCGCUUCCACCGCGACUGCGCCUCCAUCCUGAAGGAUUGCAGGUUUUGUCCUCACUGCGGCGAGGACGCCACUGGAGCCAAGGAAGUCACGGUAGCGAUGGCUGACCAGUCGCCGUCGGUGCCCAGAUCCAACCCCAGGCUGUCGCUCCCGGCGGUGCCCACCGUGGCCACCCUGCCCUCAGUGUCGACCACGCCGGCCGUCCCACAGAUCCUCCGGGCGAAGAAGACCAGCACGCCUCAGAGGAGCAGGGACGAGAGUCCGAACAGGUUAAAGAGCGAUGCUGUGUGUGCUGCAGACAGACCUAAAGAAUCACUGGAGAGCAUCCUCACGGCACUGGAUGACGAGAACCUGAAACCAAAGAAAAUGAAGUAUCCAAACAGACAGCUUUACAUCUCUGCUAAACAAGGAGAGCUGCAGAAGGUGAUUCAUCUCUUAGUUGAUGGAAAGGACCCCAACUUUUUGGUGGAAGGCCAGAGCAAGCGCACUCCUCUUCAUGCAGCAGCUGCCGAGGGUCACCAGGAGAUCUGCCACAUGCUGGUGCAGGCCGGAGCCAACCUGGACAUGUUUGAUGAGGAGCAGAGAACUCCGUUGAUGGUCGCCUGUGAAAACAACCAUCUGGACACGGUGAAGUACCUGCUGAGAGGGGGAGCAGCCGUCGGCCACAAGGACAUCAUGGGUUUCACGUGUCUGCAUCUGGCAGCUAAACUGGGCCAUUGUGACAUCAUCCAUCACCUGCUCACCAAGGCAUCCAAAUACAUCAACUGUCAGGAUGACGGCGGCUGGACGCCCAUCACCUGGGCCAUCGAGUACAAGCACAAGGAGCUGGUGCACCUGCUGUUGUCCAGAGGGGCCGACGUUAACAUCAGAGACAAGGAGGAGAACGUCUGCCUGCACUGGGCGGCUCUGUCCGGCUGUGACGACGUGGCUCAGGCUCUGCUGGAGGCCCAGUGCGACCUCAGCGCUGUCAACGUCCACGGGGACACGCCGCUCCACGUCGCCGCCAGAGAGAACCGCCUGGACUGUGUUAUGUUGUUUCUGGCUCGCGGCGCAGACGUAACUCAGAGGAACAAGGAGGGAGAGACGCCGCUGGACUGCUGCGUCUACGGCUCCAGCGUGUGGACGGCGCUCAACACCAACAAGAAGCUCACCGACGCCAGGAGAGGCAGGGACUGUCGUGGAGAGAGAGUGCUCAGCAGGGACAUCUCCCGUGGGUAUGAGGCGGUUCCUAUCACCUGUGUAAACGGCGUGGACGGCGAGCCCUGCCCAGAAAACUUCAAGUACAUCCCAGACAGCUGUGUCACCUCCCCGAUCAAUAUAGACAAGGACAUCACUCACUUACAGCACUGCAGCUGCACAGACAACUGCUCAUCCAGCACCUGCAUGUGUGGUCAGCUCAGUCUGAGAUGUUGGUAUGACACUGACGGUCGACUACCACUGGACUUCUGUCAGCGAGAGCCUCCAGUGCUGUUUGAGUGUAACCAUGCCUGCUCCUGCUGGAGGUCCUGCAGGAACCGCGUGGUCCAGAACGGACUCAGAGUCCGGCUGCAGCUCUACAGGACGCAGACGAUGGGCUGGGGAGUGAGGGCCAUGCAGGACGUCCCGCAGGGAACAUUCGUGUGCGAGUACGCCGGAGAACUCAUCAGUGACGCAGAGGCCGACAAACGAGAGAACGACUCGUAUCUCUUCACCCUCGACAAUAAGGUGGGCGACGUGCACUGCAUCGACGGCAGACUGUUCGGCAACGUCGGCCGCUUCGUCAACCACCUGUGUGAGCCCAACCUGCUGGUCGUCAGGGUGUUCACCAUGCACCAGGACCUCCGCUUCCCCAGGAUAGCCUUCUUCUCCAGCAGGCCCAUCAAAGCUGGAGAGCAGAUAGGGUUUGACUACGGAGAUAAUUACUGGAAGGUGAAGAGCAAGUACUUUAGCUGCCAGUGUGGUUCUCCCAAGUGUCGUCACUCGUCUGCCAGCAGGCGCGUACACACUGGUGACCUCUGACCUCUCCUUUUGCCUGGACACACUGGCCCCCGUUCAGACCAUGUAUUAACAUCCCAUCAUACGUGUGCAGCUCCGAGGAUAAAAAAAAACACACUCUUUCUCCUUCUUUUACACCCGUGAGACCGACUGUGCCUGGACACGUGCGUCCUCUGACAUUAUAUUAAAUCAUGAACCUGCUGUAAACCACCUUAAAACAUGAACGCUCACUCUCAGUAAAAACACCUAAUAAAAUCUACACCAGUUAAAGUGUACAAUAGCUUUACACUGAAUAACUUUGCCACUUACUCGUGCAGGUAGACAGUUUUCUCCAAACCUCUCGGAAGCUGCUGCUCUCUAAGUUUCUGUCACUUAGUUAAAUCCAAAAGAAUGAUUUUGGUGAUUGAUUUUCCUCUCUUUACAAAGUGACACACACAUAUGUGUUACAGUGGCAUAAAGCAGCACAUGGACAAUAUGUCUAAUACAUUGCAGACGACUGUAGUGAGGCCUUUGUUAAAUAUGCUAAAAAUCUCUUCUUCCUUGUGAUCACUGUUCACACGGAUGUUAAUAACAUGUCUGAACGAGGUCAUCGUAUCGCUGUACUGUCAGAGAUGAUGCACCAACGCUUAGUUUAGAUAUAAACUAGUGAGACGGAGCUUAUUUACACCUGUGAAGGUAAAGCUUCAGUGUGGAGGCUGAAGUAAAUACUGUGUGUGUGUGAGAGAAGCUUGAGCUUCUUUUAAAAAGCUAACAAUCAGGUUAAAAAAAAAAUCUUUUUAACACUCACUGACUGUCCUUUUAAUAAUGUUGUACUGAUGGAAUUAGAGAAAUCAUAUUUUUGGUAGUUUAAUCUGUGCUCUGUGCUUUUUACUACAUGUCCAAAUAUCAAUUAAACACAUUUUUAAAGGUU